ACUCCGGGUGUGACCUGCUCGUUUAGUUAGUUUAAUUGUCGAGUCUUCGGGAAGGAAAUACUAAGUAGGUGGUACAGUUUAGCGAGUGAGGAUGCACCACAUCUGUACCUAUUAACUCGUUGUUGCGUUUGUCCAUAUAAACAGAAUCUUUUGAGGAGAUAUUUUUGUGCGAGUUUAAGAAAAGAUGGCAGAAGAUGGCGACACUAAACGGGGAGAAGAGACGUCUGAUGUCCCCACGGACCAUGAGUCUUCUGGGAUUGAGGACACAGACAAGAGUCCCAGUAAGAAUAUGGCAGACUCACAGAAGUCGCCAAAAAAAGCCCAGACAAGACCAGCUAACACCAUCUCAUGUUCUGUUGUCCUCCUCGAUGGCGAAAACUUGGAGGUGCAGAUAGAGAAACGUGCCACAGGCCAACAACUUUUCGAUAAAGUCUGCACACACUUGGAUUUGCUGGAAAGAGAUUAUUUCGGCAUCACUUACACAGAUGACAGGGAUCCACCUGCAAUGAGGUAUUGGCUAAACCUUGAAAAGAAAAUAUCUAAACAGAAAAAGAAAGGACCAUGGGUGUUUUCUUUUGCAUUAAAAUUUUACCCUCCAGAUCCAACACAGUUGCAAGAAAGUCUGACGCGCUACCUAGUAUGCUUACAAAUUAGAAGAGACAUUCUUGACGGAAGGUUGCCCUGUUCAUUUGUAACACAUGCAAUACUGGGCUCGUACAGUGUCCAGGCAGACAAAGGGGACUACGAUCCAGCACAACACGGCUAUGGCAUUGACUACAUUAAGGACAUGCCGUUCGCCCCGGUUCAAACACAAGAACUCCUCGAGAAGAUCCAUGAACUUCACAAACAACACAAGGGUGAAACGCCAGAAGCAGCAGAUAUGCAUUUUCUUGAAAAUGCCAAGAAGUUGGCCAUGUAUGGUGUUGAUCUUCAUAAAGCUAAGGAUUCGAAAGGAAUCGACAUCUUGUUGGGAGUGUGUGCCAGUGGACUUCUUGUUUACAGAGACAAAUUGCGCAUCAACAGAUUUGUUUGGCCAAAAAUAUUGAAAAUUUCAUAUAAGAGGAAUAAUUUCUACAUAAGACUGCGACCAGGAGAGUUUGAAUCCCAUGAAUGGACAAUUGGUUUUAAACUUGAUAACCAUCGAUAUGCCAAGCGAUUAUGGAAAACGUGCGUCGAACAUCAUGCAUUCUUCAGAUUGCGAGAACCAGAUGUUCCUAAGGGUAGUACAUUAUUCCCAAGACUAGGUUCCAAGUUCCGUUACUCCGGUCGUACACUAUUCCAGACGAAAAAGAAUCUAGAAAUCCUCGGAAGGGACGACAGACCAUUAAAGCGUUCAAACUACAGAAGCACAAUGCCGUACGGAGAAAACCGAGCUCGCAGUGUGGAUGAAUUGGCCAUGAGAACACAUGACAGAGAUCCAUACGACCCCGGCCAUGCAAACACCCUGGAACGAAAAUACUCUGAGGACGACUACCACAAUCGCAGUCUGCAAGACGAUCGCAACCGCAGCCUGCCAGACGAGCGCAACCGCAACGACAGAGUUCCAACAGCUCUGGCCACGGUUGGGCUGCCAAAGGGGAUGAAACCGUAUGAUCCUGAGGAAGGAGAAACACGAACACGUGGUCCAGGUGAAUAUGAGGAAGGGAGACGGCCAGGCUCAAGAGAAAACUUAACAGACACGGCUGAUAGGCGGCACAGAACUCCUGGAGACCAGGAGGCCACGUUGCAAGGCGAACCAGUGAGGGAAGAAGAUGCGAUGGCCGUCCCAGCAGGAACUGUCCAGGUGGCCGUGUCGCCCAAAAACGCAAAAGAAGAAGAAAAGGAGAGGAAGAAACGAGAGAAGGAAGAGGAGAAGAAACGCAAAGAAGAAUUGAAGAAGAAACAAAAGGAAGAGAAGGAAAAGAAGAAGAAAGGCAAGGGCAAGGAGAAGAUCGCCCUGGUGGAGAUGGAUCGGCCGUCUGCAGAAGACCGAAUGGGAGAUGAUGAGAAUGCAACAGAGAGGGCACAACUGGGUCAUGAACCGGACGCAGCUGAACUCGAAAGGAGUGAAGGUGUCAUGGCAGGCGCCGGCAUAGCAAGACAGGGGUCUGUGCCCGAAAAGGAACAUGACGAAGAUACUGAUAAAAAAACGGAUGAUAAGGACAAACAUGAUAAAAAGGGAAAAGAAAAGGGAAAAGAUAAGCAAAAAGAUAAAAAGGACGAAGGCAAAAAAGGUGGAUUUUUGGGCAAGUUUAAAAAGCCUCACAAAGAUUCCAAGUCGAAACUUGAGUCGCCUGAUGGAAGUAGCGCAGCCGGGGCCCCAGUUGGAGAUGCGCAUGACGACCAGGCUGGUUUGGCUGGACCAGGUCACACUGACGCUGCCGAUAAGUCCAGACCUCAUAAGACUGAAGUGUCUACAUUAACAGCUGUGUUGUCCUCAGCUAGUGAGACUGAGAGACCAGUGUUUCAGAGGUCAAUCAGUGUUAUCAAACAGGAGGACUCCGAUGAUGCAACAUCAAAGGACGGGGUUCCAGGCAGCGGGGAAGGUGGUGUAGCACGCAAGGAUGAUUAUGGCCCAGGCGCUGGUAUUGGCGUUGGUCCUGGUUACAGUGCCAGAGCGGGAGGACCCCUCGGGGGCGAGAUGGGAGACGAGUCGUUUGUGGACCGCAAGAUGUUCUUCAUGCCGGUGACACCGCCACCAAAGGAAGAGAAGCAUGACAACAAACUGAAGACUGGUCUCAAUCUGUCUAACGACACGAUGCCGUUCUUUGCUCCAUCUGCGACGAGCACCACUGGCCGUCCUGGCAAGGUUCCACCGCCCGUGCCCGUCAAGGGAUCCUCCAGAGGGGGGCUGGAUUCCGAGGACCGCUCCGGGCAUGUGAAAACUGACAUUCCACCAACGGUCGCCGCAGAGCGUAUGAAAUACAAUGCAGACCUCGAUGAUACACGGGUUUCCACAAAGAACGUUCCGGUUGUUAAAACUGAGACUUGUACCGUGACUUACGAAAAAGAGGGAACCACUGGUCCAGAUCAGGACGAUGCUGGAGUCCUAAUUAGCGCCCAUUCUCACAGCUCCCGGACACAAACCGUAGAAACAACCACAUACAAAACAGAGAAGGAUGGUGUUGUGGAGACGAGAGUGGAGCGUAAAGUUGUUAUUAGUUCUGAAGAUGAAGAUUUGGAUCAUGACAAGCUUCUGGCAGAGGCAAUCCGGUCUGUUACAGAAUUCAAUCCAGAUAUAUCGGUUGAAAGGAUAGAGUGCAUGCGAGAAUUUGAAGACUCUGAGGGCGACCAUAGUAAAUAUGCACCAAACACGGCGGUAUAAAUCUGAUCAUGCCACCAAGAAAAUGUUUUACUAGAUGAACAAGGCAGCCAUUGGGAGCAGAUAAUGAAGACAACUUGACAAGCAGUGGAGUUGUCUGCUCUCGUAUUCGUUUGUUGUCACUCACACUGUAUAAAGAAAACUGUUGUCCUUUCACAAAUUACCAUUCAAUAGUGUUGUCAUUUUUUUUUUUUUUUUGCAAUACAUGUAGAUAUACAUCUAAUUUUAAUACAUCACAACUUGCUCAUUUUCCAAAUGUAACCAAUCUGUUUAGUUAUAUUUUUAGAGUAACAAAUGUUCUAUUAUUUUAUUGCCAGAUCACAAAUUUAAUUGUCAUCUUUCUUUUAUUGUUUUUUAAUCUUUUUUUCAUUUAUUCAUGUAGGGCUGUUUUACUGUAUUUAAAUUUGUACAUGAAUUUGAAUGGGUUAAGCAAAAUGGUUGCUCUCCUAAUUAGUUUGCUCAUUCCAAUUGCUAAAGCUAGAUUUUUAGAGGCAUCAUGUCUGUCAUAACAGUUAACCUGUUGGUGCACAUAAUAAGCUGUGGGCUUUUUCUUUCGUCAUUCUCAAUUUGGAAUUCUUUCGUUUGCUCGAGGAAGUCAGAUACUUAGAAUGUAGCUUUUUACACUUUUGUUUUUGCCUUGAAAAUUGUUGGAAAGAAAGUACAAUUGCUCCUUGGUGCAUAAACAGCAAAAAGUCCACAUAUUUCAGCUUUAGGGAGCAUUGUACAUUGUCUUAGAAGGCAUAUGUGAUUGAACAUUAUACAUUUAUACAAUGUACGUCAAUUAAUUAUAAAUUGAAAGAUUAUAUGAAUAGGUGCAUCAAAAUCAGUUCCAACUUUUCUUUUUAUAACUUUUUUCUUGUUUUGCAUUAGCAUUUUUCUGAACGUCUAAAAGAAAAAUACUGCAUGUGUUGUAAUUAUUCAUGAAUAUUAAAAAAAUGAUGUUUUAUGUAUAUUUUCUGAGGGAUAGGACUUUUAUAUAUUCCAUUAUUAGACAAACAGGCUCAUUUGUGUCCACCAUUUGUUUGGUUUUAAAGCAAGUCAUUACUUGUUUAUAAGCUUGAACAAUUUUGUAUUUCAUUUAACAUACUGAGGAGGAAAUAUUACUGAAUUGAUUUUUGUAUAUUAAGAAAUCUGUAAAUUCAUACAUAAAAAUAUAUAUACAUAUAUAUCUAUAAAUAAUAUUGGUUUUAAAAGCUUGCCAUUUUUAGUCUGUUUAUGCAUUAGUAAUACAUGUAUAGGACCAAUGUUUGGCAGACAUAAAAGAGUGCCUGUCUUUUUAUAUGGUGUAUAAAUCAUGAACUCUUUAUUAAAAUGAAUGAUGUAUGAAUUAAGAACGUUUAUUUAUGUUUCCAUGUAGCUAUUUGUGUACAAAAAUAUGUCAGUGUUAUUAAAUCACUUUUUUUUUUCUUGAUGUACAAAUGAAGUUAAACAAACCAUGUUCAGCUUUGAUAUAUUAAAUAUGUAGCUAUAUUCUUGACCCAUUUUACAUUGUACAAGUGUUUUUGGGAUUGUAACCUAUACAUGUUUUUGCAUCUCGUAUAGAAAGCUUAAGUAGUCGGGGCAGAUUUUAAAAAAAAAUGAUGUUUUGUUUUUGUUAGAUCAAUGAGGAUGGUGCUUAAAUGAAUAUAUAUAGCAGAAUGAUCCUGGUUUUUAAAAACAUUUACCAAUCUUGUAUUUGUGGGUUUGGAAUCGAGCUGUAAGAAUUACACGUUUUAAUGUCCAGUUGUUGGCAGCCUGUCUGGUCUCACUUUUUGCAUCUAGUUGAAGUUAAAGAUAGAACCUAAAUUCCGGAGAUUUGAUGUAUAAAAUAUACAUGAUAUCCUGAAGUAUUCUCCAUCUCAAUAGGAAUAUUGAGGGGUGGGGGAUCUUUAAUGUACUUUUUCUCUUGAAGACUGAAUGUCCAAAUAAAAUAAUUCAAGUUUUCUCAUUUUGGUGCAUUUUGUUUCAUUUUGUUUCUUUCAAUCAUUCUCCCCCAUUAUUUUUGUGUAACCAACAUCAUGUGGUCAAGAUCUGAAAUAAUUGACUGAAUUAAAAAAAUUUCACCAUUCAAAACACAUUGAUUCAUGUAUUCCUAAAGUGAGAAUAUAUUUACGUGGUCAAAGGUUGCAUAGCUCACAUUUUAUGAUUUUAACAUCAACAUGAUUUUCAUGGAAUUAGUGUUUUUUAAAAUCCAAUUAAUUGGUAACAAGACAUGAAUCAGAGCUGUAUAAAACUAAAAUAAGAAUAAACUGAAAAUCAGUGUUCCAUUUAAUUCAUAAACUUAAUGGCUAGCAUGUGGUAGUUUCCGGCUGCGUCAACGCCCAAUAUAAACAUUAAAUAACAUUGCUGUGAAUGUUCUUUCUGGUGUGUUCUUUGUUCCAUCCACAUUGGUUGUGUGCCUGUGCCACAGUGCUGCUUGAAACGUAAACAUACUUGUAUUGUACUUGUAUCGUUUAAAAGAAAAGGAACUUUUUCUUAAUUAUGGUGCCUUCCAAAGGCAAAUAUUUAUAGUGUGCUUUUUAGAAUUACUCAUCAAGCUCAGUAGCUGGCAGUGAGCCAUUUAAAUCAGGACAAACAAUAAAUAUCUUUGAUUAAA